CUCCCCCAAAUACACCCAAAGCUCCCCAAAUCCCUUCCAAACCCCCCAAAGAGGGAUCACCUGGCACCCUGGGAAGGGAACAGAGUGGGCAGCACUGGGGUCACUGGGCUGUACAGGGAGGCAUGGGGAGGCACUGGGUUGUACUGGGAGACCCCUAAUCCCCAAAGCCCCUCCUCAUCUCCCCCAGGACCCUUCUGGACCCCAAAGCCCCUCAGGCCCCUGACUUGGUCCUGCUGCCCCUUGAGCAUCUCCAGCUCCUGCAGAACCAGCAGCAUUUCAUGAGCAAAUUGGCAGCUGACACCAAGCUGGGGAGGGUUGAUGUGCUGGAAGGCAGGAGGGCUCUGCAGAGGGACCUGGACAAGCUGGAUCCAUGGUCUGAUUCCAAGGGUUCAACCAGGCCAAGUUCCGGGUCCUGCCCUUGGAGCUGGAGCUGCUGCCACCACCCCUGCAGCCGCUCCCCCAGCCAAGGGAGCAGCAAAGGCAGGGCCAGGAGCAGGGACAGGGUCAGGGGAGCACUGGGGGGCCGGGAACCUCUUGGCUGGGGCAGGAAAGAGCUGCUGGCCACGAGGAUGGGGUGUUGGUCCCAGCCACUGAUGGGGCCGAGCAGAGCACGAGGCCUCCUCGGCCACCUCAUGGGGUGACACUGUCUCCUACCUCCAGGGCACUGCUCCCAAAAUCUUUGGGGAGACCUUUUGUGUCUGUUGCUGGUUGCUGCUUCAUCCUGGGGACCUGAGGGCCCCUCUGCAAUCCCAUCCCUGGGGCACAAUCUGCUCUCCAGAGCUCGACUGACUCCCUGCAGACUUUGCAGGGCAAUCUGUGCUCGCAGCUGCAUCCUGAGCCCGAGCAGGAUUUGUCCUUCCCAAAGCUUGGGCAGAUGGAGGAGGAGGCUGCAAGGAACAGGAAGAUGCCUUUUGCCACUCAGGCAGGUGAGGAGGAAGUCAGUGCCCCUUUGGCCCUGUCUUGUGGUUCCUGUGGCAGCCGAGCAUCGCCCCCGGCUGCAGGACAACCCCGCUGGCGCCGCCGUCCUGCUGGGGCUGGAUCUGGGGGAUGUCCUUGGCCUUCCCUCUGGGCCGGAGGCAAAUCCCCUGCCUGUCCUUCUUCCUUCCUGCCCCAGGCCCCGAGCUGAGGACGGAGAGCACGGAGGACAAAUCCCCCCGGCAGAGCCUGGUGGGAGAGGCCGUUUUGAAGGGCUCCCCGGUGCAGGAAGGCAGCGGGGAGGAAAAGGCCCAGAGAUGCCCCCGGAGGAGGGGCUGCAAAGCCAGCCCAGGGAGCUCUGAGGAGGAAAGACCCAGCCUGUGCCGGGAAGGCGGCCGGAGCUUGAGCCGGAGCUCCGAGCUGGUGGUCCCUGAGCAGCCUCCCAGCAGGGAGAAGCCCUUCAGGUGCUUGGAAUGUAGGAAGAGCUUCAGCCGGGGCUCCCACCUCUUCAGGCACCAGCACAUCCACACUGGGGAAGGGCCCUACAAGUGUGGGGAAUGUGGGAAGAGCUUCAGUGACAGCUCCAGCCUGAUCCGACACCUGGUUAUCCACACUGGGUUACGGCCCUACACGUGUGGGGAAUGUGGGAAGACCUUCAGUUACAGCUCCACCCUCCGCACCCACCAGCGCAUCCACACUGAGGAACGGCCCUACAAGUGCUUGGAAUGUGGGAAGAGGUUUCAGACCAACUCCAAUCUCGUCCAGCACCAGAGGACACACACAGGGGAGAGACCCUUCCACUGCACCGACUGCGGGAAGGGCUUCAACCAGAACUCCACCCUCAUCACCCACCGGCGCAUCCACACUGGGGAGAGGCCCUACAAGUGUGGGGAGUGUGGGAAGAGCUUCACCCAGAGCUCUACCUUGACCAAACACCAACGGACCCACCAGUAAGAGAAGCCCCACGAGUGCCCUGACUGCGGGAAGAGCUUUGGCCUCUGCUCCUACCCCAAAUGACCCCCUGAUGGUGAGGCAGCCCCUGGAGUCCAGUGACUGUCAGUCCAGCCCUUUCUACCAAAAAGGGCCAGUCCCCUUUCCCAGGGGCAGGUUGUGCCAACAGAACCCUUCUUGGGGGGUGUGUGGAGAUUCCUGCCUUGGCUGGGACCCCCCAAGGUCACUGCUGGAGGUUGAGAGCAGAGAUCUCCCCACGAGUGUUGGUCUGGGGGAGUUCCAUCCAUCUGUAAUUCAUAAUUCUUGCUUUGGUGCCAGCUUGAGUAGAAUUGCUUCAACAAUUGCUUUAGUGUAGACCACUGUCCUAUCUUAUGCUGUAGUACUGGUAGUUUUAGUGUUUCUGUUGUGCAGUAAAUAAUUCUGAUGGA